AGAUAGAACUGCACAUAAUUAUGUUUUUUUUAUUAUUAUUUCUUAUCACAAUGUUUUUGCAUAACACAAUACAGACUUUGCUAAUCAUCCAUUAGUUGGCAUUUAGCAUUUAACUUGAAAGAACAAUGAAAUUCUGGCUUCUGAUAAGUUUAAUUAGUGUAUGCAUUGUCGCAAAUAGGGCUGCAGUGGCUAGAGGAACCUAUAAAGAUCCAAGAUACCCAGGCAAAUGUGUUGUUGGUGAUUUAAUUGUGUCGCCUGGAGAAGAGGCUACACAUCCUUUUUCCCGUUGUGGACGUAUGUUGUGCGGUAGUGAAGGUUCUGUUGUUUUUCACACAUGUGGUGCCAUUGGUGCACCAUCGGGUUAUAAAUUGGGUGAUCCCAUUGAGCCCACAGCACCAUAUCCAACAUGUUGUAAAAGACAUUUUAUUCCAAUUGAUAAUUAAUUUCAUUGAAAUAUGUAUGUGAACAGUGUGAGAUUUUAAGUUAAAGAUUUCCAAUAAAUAAAGAAAUAUGUUAAAAAUGUA